AUGAUAUCGGAAUCUUUAUAUUCCAUACACGAGCCUCAUACACACGUGGAGGAUGACAAGGUCAAGGGGGCGUCGAACCGGGGGUGGGGGCUGUCCAGGGUGUGGCGGCCGGGGGUGCGGGUAGCGGGGCGGGGGGCAGGAGGUGGGGGCGCGGGCGCUGUAGGGCUGUCGCUAUUUAUAUGUAAUCGAUAUCGCGGUAUCGCGCGGCCGUGGCCUUGCGGCCAUCGAUCUGGUCGAGCCCCCGACUCACAGCCCUAG